AUGCUCUUACCAACACUACCCUACUGGGACUUGAGUCUUGACAAUACUGCGGAAAGCUUCGUCAAGUCGCCAAUCUUCGACAACAUAUACGGUUUCGGGGGUAACGGGCCGUAUAUCGAGGAUAUCAGUGAUGACGAGGAGUUCCCAGUCAAGACCCCCGCGGAAAGUCCGGGAAGGAGUGGAGGAGGAUGCAUCCAGGAGGGUCCAGUUGCAAAUCUCACGGUUCCCAUAGGUCUUGGGUCCUCCGUUGAAUCGCACCCCAAUUGCCUGCGUCAAGAUUUCAGUCCCACCCUCGUUGCCAGUGCCCUGAGAGACGAAAUCAUUGACCGUGGGCUCUCUGCGCCGACCUAUGGCGAAUUCAACUCUCAUAUUCAGGGCUACAGUUUCGAGUUUGACGGCCUGACUCUCCACGCGGGCAUGCAUCUUGGCAUCGGCGGUGCUGUUGGCAAGGAAGCUAAUGGCCAGGACCAGAAUGCGGACAUGUACUCCUCCCCCGGCGAUCCACUCUUCUACUUCGUCCACGGUGCACUGGACAAGAUCUGGAACGACUGGCAGCGACGAGACUGGCCCGCGCGCAAAACCGCUAUCGGUGGCCCGGACACCAUGUUCGCGUACCCUUUCAACUUCUUCGGUGACGUGCCGUACGAGAACAACACGUUGCAGUACCUUCUCAAGUACCCCAAUUUUGGACAGGUAUCCCCAUUAGCGACGUGA